UGCACCAUGAAACAUUCCAUGAGUGGUUCAGGCUUCAUGUAGCUGAAUUAACCAUGAGCAGUGAACAAGUAAGUGAUGAAGUACAGAUUCUAGCUAAAGGCCCCUUAUUGGUUGCAAGGAAGUACAAUAGCUAUUCAAUAAAUGGAUUCAAUUUUCAUACAAAGGCUUAUGAUGAGGGUAGGUCGGUUCAAAGUAGUGGGGUAGCAAUAGUGGCACAAACUUCCUGUUAUGUUGCAAACUGUGAAAACCCUAUGUUUAGAAACAAGACAUAUUAUGGGAUUAUUACAGAAAUAAUAGAGUUGGACUAUUAUCGCAAAGGGAAUAUUGUUCUUUUCAAGUGUGACUGGGUUGACAAUCGGGUAGAAGGUAAAUGGGUGAAGGUAGAUAAAUUUGAUAUUACUAAUGUGAACUUCAAGCAUUUAUUCAAUACUGGCAAAAAUUUGGCGGAUGAACCUUUCAUUUUAGCAUCACAAGCAAUUCGGGUUUAUUAUGUUAUGGAUCCAAUAGAGAAGGAUUGGUGUUCUGUUGUGCAAUCUAGGCCACGUGAUUGCUAUGAGCUAGGGGAAGUUGAAAAUGAACAUUUGGAGAACAUUCAAGAAAUACCAAAUCCAUGUGCUAAUCUGAGCAAGUUUGGUGUUGUUGAGGAUGGCAGUUAUUUUAGAACAGAGUUAGGUGGUUCUAUUGUUGACCCAAAUGAGAAAGAUAAAAGGAAAAAUGCAAAAAAGAGGCAGAAGUAGGGAGGUACCUUUGACUGACUAUGAGAGAAGAAGGGAUGACAAUAUUGCUGAGAACAAAAUGAAAAUGGCAGCUCUAAAUUUAGAGUUUGCACUACAAUCUUUAAGGACAGAAGGAGCUAGCUCUUCACAACAAGCUAAGAAAACUAGUAAGGCUAGCAAGCAAUGGGACUAUAAAUGAUCAUGAAGGACGCGCUGAAGAUCCUCAACUUAUGGCUACAGAAAACAAUGGGGAUUCCAAUGGAGCGCAACCAAAGAAAAGAAAUGGAAGAAAAUUCACUAGAAAGGACAACAUAUGAUAUCGAGAAGACGAGGCACUAAUCAAGAUGGAGUUCAAUGAAUUUGAUCAACCAGUUGGGAAAGCAGUUGUUGAGUUUCCUAAUGUUGUUGGUUCACUUGUAAGAACCAAGGGUUUCCCUCUCUGCCAUGAUGAUUGGCGACAUGUUAAUGCAGAUGCAAAGCAAUUCAUUAUUGAUGCUUUGGAGUGUGUAUAUGAGAUGGAUGAACGACUUGAAAAUUAUUCUUUGGCCACUGCUGGGAAGAAGUGGAAGGACUACAAAGCUGAUUUGAAGAAAACUCAUUUUAAUGAGACAAAGACAGUGGAGGAACUUAUUGCAGCUUGUGAUGACAGAGUGCAACCUGAAAAUUGGGUGUGGCUUGUCGAUCAUUGGCUAUCACCAGAAGCAAAAGCUCGAAGCAUGAGAGGGAAAAUGAAUCGUGACAAGCUGUUAACCCCACGUACCUCUGGCAGCAAGUUAUUUGCUCGUGCUCGACAUGAAUGGAUUCGGACCCCGCCGAAGAGCCGGGUAACUUGA